UUCCCAUGCUGCCCUGAAGCACAAGGAAGAAAGCGGCCAAGCUGUUGACAGUACACAGCAUGGCUGUUUGCAGUUGCUUCGGAAGGCUUUCUGCCCUCCUUCUUGUCCCAGCACCCUGCUGCCUCUCCCUGGCUCUCUGUGGCCCACUCAGGUCGGAACUGGUUUCAGAGCAGAAGGCAGCCAUACCGUACCUGUUUGCUGUAUAAUAAUAUCCCUCCCCCUCAACGUCCCAAAGGCAGAGACACCACCCCUCCCCGCCUGCCUAAACCUUGAGAGCAGAAGAAGAGGUCAGGCUGAGCCGGGGAUCCACUUGCAAGGACGGACGUCCGUUCUCCUCUCCAAGUCACUUGCCACCUCGCUUCCAAAGAAUAUUGUUUCCAUUGUUAAGUUCUACCCUGUGGCCUCAGCCAGGGCCAUGGAAUUCUCCAAACUUCCCAAGAUUGGGGAUGCCGAGAAGGAGAGUGAACUGGGAUUCGUCCAUGGUGUCUCCGGACCCGUGGUGAUUGCCUGCAAGAUGUCUGGAGCUGCCAUGUACGAGCUGGUGCGUGUUGGUCACUUUGAGCUGGUGGGUGAAAUAAUCCGCCUGGAGGGUGACUUGGCUACCAUCCAAGUAUAUGAGGAGACCUCGGGAGUUUGCGUGGGAGAUCCUGUUCUGCGGACUGGGAAGCCACUGUCGGUGGAGCUUGGCCCAGGUAUCAUGGGAUCCAUCUUUGAUGGGAUCCAGCGUCCCCUGAAGGACAUCACAGAGCUCACCAAGAGCAUCUACAUCCCCCGGGGCAUCAACAUCUCGGCUUUGUCCCAGGACCUCAAAUGGGACUUCAGUCCGAGCGCAAACAUCCGGGUCGGGAGCCAUUUAACUGGUGGGGAUAUCUAUGGAGUGGUGCGUGAAAACUCCCUCAUCAAGCAUAUGAUCAUGGUGCCACCGAGGUGCCGGGGCACUGUCACCCACAUUGCCCCAGCCGGGAACUACAAUACUUCGGAUGUGGUGUUGGAGCUUGACUUUGAGGGUGUGAAAGAGAAACUGACCAUGGUGCAGGUGUGGCCUGUCCGGCAGAUCCGUCCGGUGUCUGAGAAGCUCCCAGCCAAUCAUCCGCUGCUAACUGGCCAGAGGGUCCUGGAUGCCCUUUUCCCGUGCGUCCAAGGAGGGACCACAGCCAUCCCUGGCGCCUUCGGCUGUGGCAAGACAGUCAUUUCCCAGUCGCUCUCCAAGUACUCCAACAGUGAUGUCAUCAUCUAUGUGGGCUGCGGCGAGCGUGGCAACGAGAUGUCAGAGGUGCUGAGGGACUUCCCUGAGCUAACUAUGGAAGUAGAUGGCAAGACGGAGACCAUCAUGAAGCGCACCUCCCUUGUCGCCAACACAUCGAACAUGCCUGUGGCAGCGAGAGAGGCCUCCAUUUACACGGGGAUCACCCUCUCAGAGUAUUUUCGUGACAUGGGCUAUCACGUCAGCAUGAUGGCUGACUCCACCUCCCGCUGGGCCGAAGCACUCCGUGAGAUCUCUGGACGUUUGGCCGAAAUGCCUGCAGACAGCGGGUAUCCGGCCUACUUGGGUGCCCGCUUGGCUUCCUUCUAUGAACGGGCUGGGCGUGUGAAGUGCCUGGGAAGUCCGGAGCGGGAGGGGAGCGUCAGCAUCGUUGGCGCGGUUUCCCCUCCUGGCGGCGACUUCUCUGACCCGGUAACCUCAGCAACAUUGGGCAUUGUGCAGGUCUUCUGGGGCCUGGACAAAAAACUAGCUCAGCGGAAGCACUUCCCAUCAGUGAACUGGCUGAUCAGCUACAGUAAGUACAUGCGGGCGUUGGAUGAACACUAUGAGAGGCACUACCCGGAGUUUGUCUCCCUGCGCACAAAGGCCAAGGAGAUCCUGCAAGAAGAGGAAGAUCUGGCGGAGAUUGUCCAGCUGGUUGGAAAGGCAUCUCUUGCUGAAACUGACAAGAUCACCCUUGAGGUGGCCAAGCUCAUCAAGGAUGACUUCUUGCAGCAGAACGGCUACUCCGCCUACGACAGGUUCUGCCCUUUCUACAAGACGGUGGGAAUGCUCCAAAACAUGAUUGUCUUCUAUGAGCUGGCCCGCCACGCAGUGGAGUCCACAUCACAGUCUGAGCAGAAGAUCACAUGGGCAAUCAUACGCGAGAACCUGGGAGAAAUCAUAUACAAGCUGAGCUCCAUGAAGUUCAAGGAUCCUGUAAAGGAUGGAGAGGCAAAUAUCAAAGCUUACUAUGCACAGCUUAAUGAGGAAAUGCAGAAUGCAUUCCGCAACUUGGAAGACUAAAAAGAGAACAUGGGGAACUAAAAGCACUGAGUGAUUGGAAGCAGGACUUUGCCUGUUGUUGUUGAUGAUGUGUGUGUGUGUAAUAGCUCCCACCAAGAGCUCCUUGCUAAAGGCUCCUUUGGGCUGGGGGCUGACUCCAUUGCAUGCUGUCACGUAGCAGUCACGUAGCUGUCUGGUAGCAGUUGUAACAUUGCAACCAAAGAAGCCGAAUGCAAAUCUCUGGGUCCAUUUGUACUUUGUCUCCUGUUUUAAUUUUGCAU